ACGACGGACGAACGCCUCUCUCCUCCGGGCCCAGGCCGAAACCUACCUCGGAUCGCCAUCGAUCCUCUUUGUCCCGCAAUCCGAUGAGUGUUUCGGGAUCGGAGAGUGAGGCCUCGCGGCGGUCGUCCAAGAAGCCCAAAUAUUCCAAAUUCACGCAGCAGGAGCUUCCAGCAUGCAAGCCACUGCUAACUCCCGGAAUUGUCAUCGGCGCCUUCUCGCUCAUCGGCAUCGUCUUCGUCCCGAUAGGUCUCGCUUCGCUCUCGGCGUCACAGGAGAUCGUUGAACUGGUGGACAGAUAUGACGAGGAGUGUGUUCCUGCCAGUGACAAGAUUGGGUUCAUUCAGGACACCAAGGUCAACAAGGCGUGUACCAGAAAGAUAACGGUGCCCAAGCCUAUGAAAGGCCCCAUACAUAUCUACUACCAGCUUGAGAACUUCUAUCAGAACCAUCGACGCUACGUGAAGAGCCGAAGUGACCAGCAGCUGCGUUCCAAGGAUUACAAGGACCCUAAGGCCGUCAUCAAGAGCUGCGACCCUGAAGCCACCACCGGUGAUGGAUCCCUAAUCGUGCCGUGUGGCCUUAUCGCGUGGAGUCUGUUCAAUGACACCUACGCGUUCUCCGUUAACAAGAAGGAGGUUCAGGUGAACAAGAAGAACAUCGCGUGGGCCAGCGACAAGAACAGCAAGUUUGGAAGUGAUGUUUUCCCCAUCAAUUUCCAGAAAGGCGGGCUCAUCGGUGGCGGCAACCUAAAUGAUAAGUUACCUCUGAGUGAGCAAGAAGAUCUCAUUGUGUGGAUGAGGACCGCGGCGCUACCAACAUUCAGGAAGCUCUACGGCAGGAUCGAGUCCGAUAUCAUGGCUAGUGACGAGAUCACGGUGGUGAUACAGAACAAUUACAACACGUACAGCUUUGGGGGCACCAAGGCGCUGGUCCUCUCCACUGCCUCGUGGAUCGGCGGCAAGAACAACUUCAUUGGGAUCGCGUAUGUUGCCGUUGGUGGCAUCUGCCUCUUCCUAGCCAUGGGCUUCGUGGUCCUCUACGUCAUCAAGCCAAGGACCCUUGGAGACCCCUCUUACCUGUCGUGGAACAAGGAGGACGCUGGUUACUCACAUUGAAUGACUGGAAUUUGUGUCCAUUUUGUAGAGGCAGGCACUGGCCUGCAGUUCUCUGUAUUUUUCUUCUUCUGUCUUCUAGACAUGUCCUCCUGUUGUGCCCUUAGCACAUAUGUUUGCUGUUGUCCCCUUUCUCAUCUUUGCUGAGCUAGGAAAGCAUGGUGAUAUGACGUAGGUACUUGUUGGAGAAGCAUAUAUAAUGCAUAAUAUUUGUUACGGCUUCUAGUGAAUGUUA